AUAUCAUUUCUGAAUUAUAGAAUUAUAUAUUUAGUGAUUUACUCAAUUCCAUCUUUGAAUUAGCACCACCACCACCACCACCCAUCAUCAAACAGAGAAGAAAAAAAAAGGGGGAAAAAUUCUUACAGAAGGUUGUUGUUUAUGGAGGGUUUACAGAGAUAUGCUGUAUCGUUCAGGAGGCAAGGCUCGUCGGGAUCGGUGUGGGACGAUAAAUUCCUCGCCGGAUUGCAGCAGCUCGCCAAUCAGCAGGACGCAUCAGCUGCCGGAGUGAGGAAUCCAUCGCCGCCGCCGGUGUUGCGAUGGGUCUGUUGGUGGCGGUGGUUUUGGGUGGAGGAUUGCGAUGGAUCUGCUGGCGGCGGCGGUUUUGGGUGGAAGAUUGCGAUGGGUCUGCUGGCGGUGGCGUAUGUGUGUGUGGUAGUGAUGGUUAUGGCGGCGUUUUUUGGAUGUUGGGGUGGUGGGAGCGUGGCAGAAGAGCAUUAAGGUUUAAUCGACUAUGUUUAGUAGUCGAUUAAGGCUUAAUCGACUAUGUUCAAUAGUCGAUUAAGGCUUAAUCGACU